CCAUGAAAAUGAAACUGAAGGAACCUUGAGCUUGAUAUAGCUCUCAAAAGGCGCACAAGUGUGUUGUGUGUCGGUUACGGUGAGUGUCUGUAUACUGUGUGCGGUGUGUGUUGAUGAAUUUCUCAAAAAUAGUUUUGACGGAAGCAAUAACGCUUUGGUGCUUCCUACUUGUUCGGGUUAUUUGCUUGUUGAAACGCGCCAAAUGGCUGCGGAUCGAACACAGAGAUAGGAGAGACACAACAAAGAGGAACCUAUCUAUCUCAUACGAUAACAUAAUUUUAGAAGCAAUCAAAGAGCCCGCGCGGUGUGGCCACGGCAAUUUCAUUCAACAUUCACAGUCAGUGCAUUGUUCUCUGCCCGUUGUGAUUCAUUCUUUGAAUUGCAAACACACAAAGCCAGAAUCAACUCGAGGCCUUUGAUAUCUCUCACCACCAACACAACAACACAAUGUUUGGAAUUUUGACAGAUUUGGUUGCGGUUAAAAUGCUUGUUAAACAGAAAAAAUGUAUAAAACAAUUUAAACGAAGACGUUUACGAAAAUUGGGGCUUCUACCAAAUGACACUGCCUAUCUUGGUUCAUACGCUGUGGUACCGAUACACAAGCAUCCGGAACUCCUUAGCCAAUGCUGUAAAUUGAUCAAUUCGGAAUGGCCACGCAGUGAAGUGGCCCGUUUGCGAUCAUUGGAAGCAUCAUGUGAUCAUUUACCAACCAGUUUGGUAUUAACCCGGGAUCAUAAUCAAACCGUGCUGGCACAUUUGAAAAUAAGCGCCAUACAAUCGAAUCCGCAAUGCUGUUUCAUCGAAUCGGUGGUGGUGGAUCGAAAGCUUCGUGGUCAAGGUCUUGGCAAAUUGAUUAUGAAAUACGCAGAAGAUUAUUGCCGAGAUUUUGUGCAACUUGAUACAAUUUAUCUGUCAACGAUUGAUCAGGUGGGAUUUUAUCAAAAAUUAAACUACACUAUAUGCGCACCGGUAAAUAUGUUCGGGCCGAGAAACUGUACAUUACCAUGUUUAAGUAAUUUACGAAAAACCUACAUGAAAAAAUCAUUACGAUAAAAAAAAAAAAUUUACAAACAAUAAUUGAAUCAAUAAGAAUUUUUUUUCUAUUAAUGAUGAUAUGAAUAUGAAUGAAUGAAAAAACACAAACAUACAGAGAAAGAGUAAUUUAUUUUUGCAAUUGACUAUAUUUUUUUUAUAAGUGAUAUUUAUGUACCAUAUCAAGCCAAGUUUAUUUUCAACAAAUUUAAUUAGGAAAAUUGUAAAUAAAAAAGGAAAUGAAAUCAAUUGAUUGUAUCAAAUAAAAUGAGAAAAUAGAAGAAGAAGAA